AUGGAGCUGGAGGAGGAGCGCGAGAUAAUUGGGCUGAGACCGGGCUCGGGGUCGGGCCCGGUUGUUGCAGCGACCGUUGGCCGGGCCAUGACCACUCUACUCAGUUUGAAGCCGAAGAAACUCCAGGACGCCAUUUCAACCCUUAAUCCCUCUCCCAAUUAUGCUCCAAUCACUGUUUCUGUGGAGCAAUCGCUGUGGUUUCUACACAAGUACGUUGGAGAAGCUGCCGAGAAAGGCGAUCAUUUGGACCAUGUUCUUGUUCCCAUGUUUCAGCACUCGUUGAUGGUGAGAGAUUCAAAAAGAGGAAACCAGGCUAUGAUACUUUUGAAUUGGUUUUUUCAAGACGAGACUUCUGUAGAAGCAAUUCUGAGGAAUGUCUCAGACAUCAUCUCAAGAAGGGAUGAUCAUUAUGUCGCGCUUGGGUGGUGCAUUCUUGCACGCAGUCUCAUUGAAUAUGAGAAUGUCGUAAGCGAUAUUACAACAAAUGCAAUAAGGCAGGCACAUGAUAUGAUAUUGAAGACAUUAAGUUCUUCUAUUCCCCAUCUCUUAUCCAAACUCAGCAACGGAAGCAUUAUGCGGGAUGGAUUCGAGUUGCCAACUCGCCUUGCAGUUUCUGCUGCUGAUUUCGUUUUAUCUCUUACUGUAGCAUUGACCAGAAAGGAUCCUCCCUCCAAUGGCAAUAACAUAACCAAAAAGCUGAAAUCAUCUUUCAUUGGUGCUAAAAGUCAGCCUUCCAAUUCGUUACACGCUGCUACUAUUGAUAGAAAUGAGAAUGCAAUAAGGGAAACUUCCGAAGUUUCCUCCACCCCGGAUUUGAAGAUGCUUCUUUGGAAUAAUCUUAAUGAGCUUAUAACUCUUGUGAAGAAACUUGCAGAUUGGAGCAGGAAAAGCCGUUAUUUGCAUGGAGAAGGAUUAGAGAGGGUAUGUACAUGGCUGCAGGAGCUGAAUCAGCAGUAUGAUUGUUUUCAAAAACAGACAGAGUUGCAUAUGUUGAAGACUGGUUCUUUACUUCUCUCUUCUUGUUGGAAACAUUAUGGAAUGCUUAUGUUCUUAGAAGACAGCAAAUUCUCGCAGCAGUAUAAAGAACUAUUAGACCAAUAUUUAUCUGGUAUAAAGUUUUACGCUGAGAACCAAGCCGAGGAACCUGAUAUUGGCAAAAGCAGCAAACUAGAAACAGUUAAUUUUUUCCUGAAUUGCCUUAUGCUUUUAUUGGGCCGACUAAAUGGUCAGCAAUUUGAGAACGCAAUAACAGAAUCUGGGCCUCAACUUUCUGAAAUUCUCAUAUCUCAGCUGCGAUGUGCUGAUGAGGACGUGAUUGAUGGAACUACAACCAUUUUUAAAGCUGUCAUCUUGAACACAAAUCAUAUGUUAUCCAGGAGAAGUCUUAGAGAUGAUAGACAAAUAGAUGCUUUUCUCCCAACAUUGCUUAAUCUUUUGGAUGAGCAAGAUGCAGCAGCAAAAGCUAUUGUUAAGCUUCUUGCAGAAUAUUGCUCAAUAUGUUCAGAUAGAAAGUGCCUAAAUGAAGUUCUAAAGCGCAUUUACUCUAAAAAUUCAGUACAGAGGAGAAAUGCAGUUGAUGUUGUGGCAUAUCUCAUCCAUAUAGCUUCUGGAUCAGAGGACACACUUUCAGAGGUGGAAUGGCAAGACAUUGCAAACCAGUUGUUAAAAUGCUUUGGAGAUGAAGAUGAGGCCAUACAGAAUCAGGCAGCCAAUUUGAUUCCCAAGAUUGAUCCUCGUUAUGUUUUGCCUAGGCUUGCUGAGCUAAGUUGUUCAUCACAUGAAAACAUACAGACAUCGGCGGCUAUCACCCUUAUAACCUUGCUAGUCAAUCACAAAGAAGAAUCUGACAUCUUGUGCAUGCUUCUUGACUGUCUCAGCAAACUUGCUCAAAACACAGAUUCUGAUGCUUCUGUUGUUACAAAAGCAGGACUAACGCUGGAUAGUGAUAGGCUCCUCAAGUUGCUCCCAGAGUGGGCAAAACAUGUUGAAGAUUGGCAUGUAAUUGUUGGCCCUUUAGUUGACAAGAUGUUAGCUGAACCAUCAAAUGCUGUUAUCGUCAGAUUCUUGAGCCAUAUAAGUGAAUACCUGGCUGAGGCUGCGGAUUUAGUCUUUAAUCGACUUAUAUUGUAUAUGAGUGAACAUAAUGAUGUAAAUGACUCCUAUUCUAAAGGCAAAGGGGAGAGUCGGGAGACAGAUUCAAACACUGAGGCUUUGAAACAUGAGAAUCUGUUUAUUCGCCUUUGCCCGUUGCUCAUAAUCAGACUGCUUCCUCUAAAAGUUUUUGAUGACCUCAAUGCCCCUCUUGUAUAUGGCAAAAGUCUAAAUAAUUCAGAAACUCAAGAAACCCGGCAUUUUUUCAUUGAAGACACUGGAUGUAUUACUGCUUUGAUGAUUAACAGGGCUUUGAGUAAAUCUGAAUUUGAAGAUGUUCGGAAGCUUGCUGCAGAGCUUUGUGGAAGACUUCACCCCGAGGUCCUUAUUCCGAUUUUGUCAUCUCAGUUGGAAUCUGCUACUAAUGCUAAAGACACGUUAAAGAUCAAAGUUUGCCUCUUUUCCCUUUGUACAUGUCUUAUGGUUAGAGGCAACAAUGCUUAUAGACAUCCUGAUUUACUCAGAAUAAGAAAAACAAUAACAAUUGUACUGUCAUGGGUAUCAGCAGACGGAGAUGAAAUUUCAAAAGCACAACAUGGCUGCAUUGAUUCUCUGGCUCUGAUGGUGUGCACAGAGCUACAAGCUCCAGAAUCCUCAAAAGGCACAGUCAUUUCCGGUGAUUCUGUAAUUGCAUACGUGAUAAAUCAGUUGACCGAUGAUAAGGAGCCUAUUCAUGCUGAAUCUAUUGGUGUUGUUGGGAGGGAAGAUGCAGCUACCCGCCUACUCACAUUUCGACUCUGCAUGGCUAAUGUCCUUAUAAGCGCCUGCCAGAAGAUACCAGAAACUGGGAAAAAAUCAUAUGCUAAGAGAAUCACUCCACGAGUAAUCCGUUCAAUCAAGGUGGUGAAGGAUGCAGAGAUAAGGGCAGCAUGCAUCCAGGUUCUGUUCACAGUGGCAUACAACUUGAAGUCUUUAAUACUUCCAUACUCAAAGGACCUUCUGAACAUCGCCCUCACUUCACUGAAACAGGGAUCUGAAAAGGAGAAGAUGGGCGGUGCGAAGCUGCUCAUGUGUCUAAUGGCGAGUGAAGAAGAGGUGGUUGAGAGCAUAUCGGGUGGGUUAUUAGAGGCCACCAUGUUACUCAGAAAUCUAUCUACUACGGAUCCUUGUGCACAAGUUGAGUAUCGAGCUUUUCGAUACUGAACUUGCACGUUAUUCAGUUUGGUAAAUAGUUAAUACUCGCAGUCAGGAGGCCUUCAAUUGUCAUUGACAAUUUAUGCUCGUAUCAUAGAGCUUCUUCAAUUCAUCAUUGAUAGUUUAGAUUCA